UUAAAUAUCAUCCUCUAUGUCUUCGCCGAGGCAGCUAUUAUUGCUACGGACAUCGCUGAAGUGAUUGGGUCCGCGAUUGCCGUGAAUCUCCUUUUCCAUAUCCCGCUGGUUGCGGGCUGUGCAAUCACGUUGGUCGAUGUCCUUCUUCUGCUUCUUUUCUAUCAUCCGGAUAGCACCAUGACGCGUCUUCGCCUGUUCGAGAUGUUCAUGAUGUGCCUUGUCCUGGGAGUCGUUAUCUGCUUUUGUAUCGAACCAUCAUACAUCCGGAACUCGACCGUCGGAGAAGUAUUCUUAGGUUACGUCCCUUCCUCUGCCGUUGUUGAAGGUAAUUGGAUCUACCUCUCUUGCGGUAUCUUUGGGGCAACAGUUAUGCCGCAUUCCAUCUUCCUCGGCUCGGGAGUUGUGCAAACGCGUCUCCGUCACUUUGACGAACGAAAUGGUAUGUGGCCUCCUCGAAACGGAGACGAAGAAGGGAGGCUAGAUACCAGCCUUCGAUCGCGGUCGUCCGAUUCUGUCUCAAAUAUUCGGUUAUCAAACUUGGGCUUUCGCUGUUUACCUUUGCGCUCUUUGUAAACAGCGCUAUCCUUAUCGUCUCUGGCGCCUCUCUCUACCCCAAGACAGCAGCCACUGAAGCCGACCUCUUUGGCAUUUAUGACCUGCUGUCGCAGAAUCUCUCGGAUGCAGCAGGCACUAUUUGUGCCAUUGCUCUU